AGGGCUGAGUAGGGGGAGAAUAGGCGACCGGAAGUUAUCUAACUGACCGGAAGCGAGGCCUGAGGGAAAGUGAGGAUGCCCGGAGGGAGGAGCUGUCCACCGAAAGGGGCGGAGGGGACGCUGGGAGCCGCCAGCGUGCUGCGCGUCUCAGCUUUGAGGCUGAGCGGAGGACGCUGAGCGACCGACCGGUGGGCUUCAGAAAGCCCGAGUCCCGCUGAGCUCCUGCGGGACCCGGCGCCCCACGCCCCCGAGAGCCGAACGGGAGGGAUUCCUGUCGCCGGGGCACCUGAGGAGUAGCCGGUCGUAGGAGCCGGAGCCUGCUGGGGCAGGGAAGAAGCCGGGAUGGCCUGGGCUCUGAAGCUGCCGCUGGCUGACGAGGUGAUCGAGUCGGGGCUGGUGCAGGACUUCGAUGCGAGCCUGUCAGGCAUCGGGCAGGAACUGGGUGCUGGCGCUUAUAGUAUGAGUGAUGUCCUUGCAUUGCCCAUUUUUAAGCAAGAAGAGUCCAAUUUGCCUCCUGACAGUGAGAACGAGAUCCUGCCUUUCCAGUAUGUGCUCUGUGCUGCCACGUCUCCAGCAGUGAAGCUACACGACGAGACCCUGACGUACCUCAACCAAGGACAGUCUUAUGAAAUCCGAAUGCUAGACAAUAGAAAACUGGGAGAGCUUCCAGAACUCAACGGCAAGUUGGUGAAGAGCAUAUUCCGGGUCGUGUUCCACGACAGGAGACUGCAGUACACCGAGCACCAGCAGCUGGAGGGCUGGAGGUGGAACCGGCCGGGAGACCGGAUUCUGGACAUAGAUAUCCCAAUGUCUGUGGGUGUAAUUGAUCCCAGGGCCAAUCCUACCCAGCUAAACACAGUGGAGUUCCUGUGGGACCCUGCAAAGAGGACGUCUGUGUUCAUUCAGGUGCAUUGCAUCAGCACUGAGUUCACUAUGAGGAAGCAUGGCGGGGAGAAGGGCGUACCGUUCCGAGUGCAGAUUGACACCUUCAAGGAGAAUGAGGGCGGAGAGUACACAGAGCACUUACACUCAGCCAGCUGCCAGAUCAAAGUCUUUAAGCCUAAGGGUGCAGACAGAAAACAAAAAAUAGAUAGAGAAAAAAUGGAGAAACGGACGCCCCAUGAAAAAGAGAAAUACCAACCUUCUUAUGAGACAACCAUACUCACAGAGUGUUCUCCCUGGCCUGAGAUCACCUACGUCAACAAUUCCCCAUCCCCUGGCUUCAACAGCUCCCAUAGCAGUUUCUCUCUUGGGGAAGGAAACGGCUCACCCAACCACCAGCCAGAGCCACCCCCUCCAGUCACAGACAACCUCCUGCCAACAACCACACCUCAGGAAGCCCAGCAAUGGCUGCAUCGAAACCGUUUUUCCACGUUCACGAGGCUUUUCACCAAUUUCUCAGGGGCAGAUUUACUGAAACUAACUAGAGAUGAUGUGAUCCAAAUCUGUGGCCCUGCAGACGGAAUCAGACUCUUCAACGCAUUAAAAGGCCGGAUGGUGCGUCCAAGGCUAACCAUUUAUGUCUGCCAGGAGUCAUUGCAGUUGCGGGAGCAGCAGCAGCAGCAGCCGCAGCCACAACAGAAGCAGGAGGAAGGAGAUUCAAAUGGUACUUUCUUCGUGUACCACGCUAUCUAUCUAGAAGAGCUGACAGCUGUGGAAUUAACAGAAAAACUUGCUCAGCUUUUCAGUAUUUCUCCUCACCAGAUCAGCCAGAUUUACAAGCAAGGGCCAACAGGAAUCCAUGUGCUCAUCAGCGAUGAGAUGGUACAGAACUUCCAGGAAGAAGCCUGCUUUAUUCUGGACACAAUGGAAGGAGGCUAAAGAUCACCUUCUCUAUCCCAUCUUUACAGCAGAAACCAGUGAAAGCUAUCAUGUCAUUCUCAAGUAGGACAAGGGAGGCCCCCACAGUUGAUGGCUGCUGCUGCCUUCACCUCUUGACGACUGCCUUCACCUCUUCCCCUUUUGAAGGGGACAUGACUGGAGAUUAAAGGUCUUCAGGAACCUGGCACAUCUGAAUGUUGGGGGUGGGGUUGGGGGUGGGAUGUCCAGUGCAGGGCGAGCAGGCCCUAAUGUGGAAUCCCAGACCCCUGCAUUGGCCCCUACUAUAUGACAUACUCAGAUCAAUGGCCAGACAUGGAGAUAAGCAGUUUCCUUGGUUUCUGGCCCCUGUUGAUUCUAGUAAGAAACCCUGUCACUAGGGUUUGUAGAGGGCAGAGUGGUAAUGGGAGGCGUGUGAUGUUAUCUGGAAAGAUGUUUCAUUUUGUGAUAUAGAGCUGACAUUUUCCUAAUAUAAAAGGGAACAUCUGUCUUCACAAAACCAAGCUAUCUUUUUUGUAUCAAGCCUAUUGUCAGCUCUGCUCUGUUCACAACUAUAAGGAGGAGACACAGAAUCUCUUGUCAUCUUUUUUAUUUUUUUGAGACAGGGUUUCAUGUUCUUGCCUCCACCUCCCAAGAGCUGGGCGUGCAAGCUUUUGCCAGCUGGCCUGUUUCUGCAGUGCUAGGCUUAACCCAGAGCCUUGCAUGCUAGUGAGUGAGCUAGCUAGAGGGGAGCACUUCUCCAACUGAGCUCCAGCAGGCCUUCCCUUUUGUGUUAAGACAGUCUUCAGAUUUCUAAUUUGGUUCACCUGCAAUACCACAACUGAGUGAUUUUGGCUACUUUGUAUUGGAGCAGAUGGAAUGAUAAGUCCCAUGGACUUAUUAUUAUCUUGUUCUAUCCCCUUAAUAAACCCAAACAACUGGGGCAUCAGUGACUUGAGGCCGAGGAGACACAGAUGAAGUGGUGAGGCUCUCUGAUACCAGUAGGUGCCACCCUGUGCUGCCUGUGCUCACAUGAGCUCUUUCUGGGGCUCUGCUGGAAACUGAUGGGCUAGCCCCGAAGGAGGGCAAACAUACCUGAGUGUAGUGCUAGGAAGCCCCAGAACAGUCACUCAGUCACACUAACCUCAGCGCAGCAGGAGGUGAGAGAUAGGAGUGUCUGACCCCAGGUUUCUCUGUUUGUGAAUGAUACUCUCAAGCUGUUUAAGUAAAUGAGCUACUCCAUCCUGCUCUCCCCUCCCCUGUCUUGUUCUGGCAUAGUGUUUUUUUUUUCUGUUUUUUUAAUGUAAGCUUUAUAAAAAAUCCAUGCUUUUCCCAUUCAAGCAUAUUGUUUUAUGUUCUGCCUUUCAAGUGACUGUAUCCAUGUGCAUGUGCAGAAUUUUAAAGCACUUAGGCCCUCCUUUUUCACAUAGUUUGUUUUGGCUUGGUUUUCUAAGAAAAUGUUUCUCUGUGUAGCCCUGGCUGUCCCUAGACCAGGCUGGCCUUGAACUAACUCAGAGAUCCACCUUCCAAGUGCUGGGAAUAAAGGUGUGUACCACCAGUGUCAGGCCACAUGUAAAGUUUUACCAGAAAUUAAAUUUUGUUGAGAUGAACAAAGAUAAUGUUAGAAGACUGUAUUAAAUUUGAAUUUAUGUGUGUUUUUGAAUUAUUUAAUAAAGCUUAGAUUUUUAAAAUAGA